AUGCCUCUCAAAGACCUUCUCCCUCUCUUGGUCUUCUUCGCGCCCCCUCUCAUCCUGUACGGUCUUUACGGCUACUGCAUCCGCUCGAGGUUGCGACAGAGGAGCGAGGCUGCUCAAGCGGACGGCCAGUUUCGCUUGAGGGACCCGGGGCCGCCCAUUAUGCGAUACUUUACCUUUUACCGAAACCUGGGCAUGAUCUUCGAAUCAAGACGAGACUAUGUCCCGGUGCAAGACGAUCACCAGGCGUCUGUGCGACUGGAGCCACAGUCUCAACCACCACAGCAGCGCGACGAGAGGUCAUACUCAUCGCAUGCCUCUCAGAGGACCGAAGAUCCGGGCGCCGUUGUUUGA